CUGCGAUGUCAGGCUCAGGAUCUGGACAUGAUGCCGGACGCGUUUGACGAUCAGUACCUCUGCUGCAGGGAUGACAUGGAGCGUGAAGCGCCAAAGAUACUGCAGCAGGAAAAGAGACAUAGCCAGUUUGCUGCAUUGUGGGAUACCGCAUGGAGAUACUGGCAGACAGAGAAAGGAGGAUUAGUCCUUCCUGAGAAGUUUAGAGAUGAGUACGGAACAGCUGUUGCGUUGUAUACAAUGGCAAGCCCCAUCUACAGCCAGCUAAACAGGAACGUGUCCAUCGCUGGGCGAUCCAGAGAUUAUUACAUGAACAAUUUCCACUUUAAAGCUCUUCACUUCUACCUGACGAGGGCAUUACAGGUCCUGGGGAAAGGCUGUGCUCAGAGGUACCAGGUGUACAGGGGGAUAACACGCACCUCGAAUGUACAUAACAGAUACAGAUACGGACAGUUUACAUCAUCAUCUCUCAGCUACAAUGUAGCUCAACGCUUUGGAACAGCAACUUUUUUUCAGAUGUCAACCUGUUUUGGAGCAUCAAUUGCCGACAUUUCGUACCAUAAAAAUGAACAAGAAGUCUUAAUUCCUGUCGCAGAAACAUUUAACAAAAUAAAACAAACAGGAAACACGUAUGAGGUGACGAGCACCGGGCAACUGUGCAGCUACUAUGACUGCGCUUACCUAGGAGGUGAGUGUGACAUCACUGAGUAUCCCUGGGCACUGAGCGUGAUGUCACUGAGUGUACCUAGGCGCCUCUGCAAAUGUGGGAUGAGUAGCAGAAGUGUAGCUGGUGCCACAGAAAUUGAGGAUGCCACUUUAGAAGUGCAACAGGAUGAGGAAGAUAUUUGUGUAGCUGAUAACCAGUGCUAA